GCCAGUAGCUAUACGGGAAGCCUAUUAGCUGUGGUUUUUUCCCCCUCAAAAACCGUUUUAUUUAAUAUUUGAAAUGAGGGGAAACGGUUUUGUUUUUAUUCAGUUUGAGUUAAAAAUAAGAAGGUGAAUCAUACCUGAGCGACGCAAGGAUUCGCAGAUGCCUUCAACGUCGAUCACCCAGAGUUAUUCAAGAAGCACACUACUGAGGAAGCUUAGAAGGCAGAAAAUGACCCUGCGUUCUGAAGUGAAAGACUGAAGGUGAAUGUGUCGGUGUCACCUCCAUUUCACCUGUGUCCACGCUUCAGGUUCCAAAGCCAGAUGGAUUCCUAUAAUUUAAACUUUGAGAAAAUGAGCAACCUGGACCUGCACCCUCUGAGCCUACCAUUGAGUCGGCUCUCCCCAGCCAAGUCCACCAGCAGCAUCGACCAGUUCACAUACCACCACGGCAAGGGGGACUCUGCCUACAGCUCCUUCUCUGGGGGCUCCAACGCCCCAGACUACUCCUCCCCCUUCCUUCCAGAUGACCUCCAGCACCACAGCCUGCACUAUGCUGACCUGAAGUAUGUGAAGGCCAUCUACCACCCCAACGUCCUCGACUCUGACGCCAAGAGCAUGGAUCAGCUCUACCGCUCCAUGGAGGCCAUCUCAAACCAGUAUUGCAACAACAAUGGCUGCCUGAGUGCAACACAGUACUGUGAUCAGAAUCAAGAAAAGCUGCCUCCUCCUUCGCCCCCCGACCGCCUGGACAGCUUCAUAGCCACCAGGAACCUGGAGAACUGCAGGGCGCAGCACAGUCCCGAGGGCCAGCUGGCAGACAGGUCUCCUCCACGACCCCGGACAGAUAAUCCUGAUGCUGCCUGUCUCAGGCCUGACCUAGUCUAUGGUCGUAGGGCCUCACAACCCUAUCACAGGGACCCAGUCAACUCUGACCACACGGAUAAGAACCCUGAGCAGCAAACGUCAGCAAACGUCUUAAGCCGAUCACACCCUCGUACGAGUCAGCCUGAGCAGCACCCUAAUCAGCAGGCUGGUAGUGCCGGUGGCGGCCUUUCGGAGGGUCACUGUGAGCGGGAGCAAGAGCCCCGUGGGUCCCUCCUGCCGGAGCCACCGCCAUCUGCCAUCCCCUUGCAUGUGGCACAGAACAUGGCCAACAGCAGCAUCCAACACAAGGGCCAGUUCUACUUCGUUACAGGUGUUUGUAAGUCAUCAGAGUCCAGUCUGAACCAUGGUUCUCUGUGUGUGUCAGAAGGCAGUGAGAGCCCUGUGUCUGAGCCUGUGGACAGGGAGAGAUUGCACAGCACCAUGGACCACAUGUUCAGGAACACCCAACAGAGGAACUAUAUCACCCAUGACACCACAAAAACCGAUGUCAGGGAGUUUUACACCAAGCGUCAAGAUAUAAACUCCAGAAGCCAAGAUGAGGUGAAACAGAUUCAGAGUAGGAUUUCAUAUGGCCCCGCUCACAUUUUAAACCGGCGCUCCCGCAGUUCCGAUGCUUUACAACAAAGUCUCAAGAUCCAGAGCAGAGAGAUCGGCAGGCAUCACAGCCCUAACCACCACAUCUUCUCCUGCGGCCCAGAGGAGAACUGUCCGCUGUUAUCAAAUUCCCACAACCAGGAAGUCCCUCCACCAAUCAGCAUGGAGCAGGCCACCCACCACAAGAGAGACGAACAAGUCAACGCAGGGAGGAGGCGGCCAUUAGGAGGCGUUGCCAGCCAGAAGAUCAACAAGGAAAACACCCCGCUGCUGUACCACCUCACUGGAGCCAACAGGGCGGCCCUAAAUUUGAAUUUGAAGCCCAAAAAUGACAUUGAGGUUGGUAUGCAAGGUGAAGAUGCAGGCCUCAAUGCUGCUCAUCAGGAAAGGCAAGCUCCCGUUAGCUGUAGUGAUGGGACAUCACAGGGUGAAACAUCCAAGGAGGAGAGCUCGGAGGCUAUCGCCCACCCCUGCAACACGCUGGACGACUCCUUUAAGAAGUACUACAAGGAGAAACUGAAGGGCGCACAGGAUCAGGUCCUCAGGGAGACCUCCUUUAAGAGGAGUGACCUGCAGCUGUCCUGGCCCCACAGAGUGAGGCAGAGUGAGCCUAGGCCCACGGUACUUCACACAGUCUCCUCUUCACAGGACUCUGAGACCUCAGCAGACACACUCACCCCCUCCCCAACACCGUCUGAGGGGACAGAUAAGGAGGACAUCAAGGAAAUGCUGAAGGAGGUUGAGAAAGAGAGGCCAGCGAACGUUGCCCAGCCUCAGUUGGCUCGUAUUGGAGGCAGGAGGCGUCUGACUCCAGAGCAGAAGGAGCUGUGCUACUCUGAGCCGGAGAAGCUGAACCAGCUGGGUGACCCAGGGGAAGUAGGACUGCUGGUACUCUCAGGCGAUGAUGAGGAGCUGGGAGAACAGGGCCUGGUGGCAGCUAGGAGGAAGAUGUUUGAGACCAAAGGCAGGGCCCUGUCCACCUCCAGCCUCUCCAAGACCUCCCUGCAGCACCUCCAGCACAAGGCCCUGGUGGCCUACAUGGAGCGCAAGACUGGUCUCAAGGUGGCUGAGCCCCAGCAGCCUGCCCCUCAAGCCUCUCAAUCCCCCAAACAGGGGCACUCCAUGGCUGGGAAGCCAUCUGACUUGGGUCCCAAGCCUCAGUCUGGGAAUGAAGGAGGCCCCAAGAAGAAGCUGUACAGGCCCCAUUCCGCUGGAUGCGUCCUGGACUCGACCUCCAGCUCCAUGAAGCAUGCCCAGUUCAGCUCCUCUCAGUCCGGAGGUCAUUCCCACCAGGCUAGCUGGAGAGAGUCACCCAGCCCCUCUCAGUCCGGAGGUCAUUGCCACCAGGCUAGCUGGAGAGAGUCACCCAGCCCCUCUCAGGGGAAGUCUGCCUCUGAGGAGAGUCUUCUGGACCAACCAGAACCACCUGAGUUGUUCAGAAAGCGCUUCAACUCAACACCCCAUGCAUUUCAGGGUCACAACUACAUGAAUGAUCCCUCACCAGUCAAUGCUAUGGACACGUCCAGUGCUCAGACUCAGAGGCCAGUGGAUGAGGAGAGUGUGGUAGUAAGGAGAGACCAAGCGAAGAUUGUCCCUGAGGGUCAGCGAGUCCGGGUGAUGGGUCGGCGGGUCCGGAUGGUGGUCAAGCGUGGAAAGUCCCUGGAGGAGUUGGGUGUGUCCCAGGUCAGCAGCUCCUCAGUCCUCAGUAAGAGCUCUGAGCAGCUGGGUCAGCUCCACAGCAGGCAGGGAGCCCCAGGACCAGGCCAGGAAAAAAGAAGCGUACCGUCCUUCAGCGAGACCCAGAGGAAGCCCCUCUUCAAGCAGGACUCUGCACCACAGCUGGGCAGUAGGGAGAAAAGUAGGGAGAUGACAAAAAGCACCAGGGAGUCCACUACGUCUAACUCCCCAGUAUCAAACACAUCGUCUCAGGUCAGGGCUCGUUCAGAUGGGUCCCCUGGAUCAUACAACUUUGUCCCUUUGGUUAAAGAGGUGGUAGAGACCACUGGGCUCUCCUGCGACGUCCCACUCCCACCGUACCUUAACGGUCAGCAGUCCAGUGAGAGAUUGGUCAAGGCCACCUCAACUUUUCCCUCCAUACAUACCCAUCCCAGGGGCACUGGCGGGAGCAAGACUGGCUCGAACAGUGUGAAAACCGCCCCUCCUAUACAACACACUAUGGAGAGAGAGCAGUCUGUGGAUGAGCCCAUUGAGACUCCUCAGCCCGAGGCCUCUCAGGAAGUCUCCCUGAGCUGUGGAGUCACCACAGACCCGACUCUGUGGGUCAUACCACCUGAACCAGGGAGCCAAGUGGAGGAUGAGGGCCCAGCCCUUUCUGAUAAUCUGACUGAGGGAGAGACUCAAACUCUAGCCCGUGCUCCAGCAGCUAGUGAGCCCCUUACAACUUCCUCCACCACACCAGUCCCUGACACUGACACCUGCCAGAGUGGAGAGGGCCAACACCCAGGAGAAGACAAGGAAACCGAGAAGGAGGGGGAGGAGGAGACCCCAGCAGGAGAGACGGAGAGCCCAGAAAAGACACCCACCACCGAGGAUACAAAGUGGGAGGAGCUGGUGGAGGAGGUGGUCACAACGGACCAAUCGCUGGCACGGGUGCUGUACCCGUUGACCAAUCGUAAGACUGCGCUGAUGCUGAUGGAGCAGCUCCUGUCAGAAGACACUCUGCUGAUGGAGGAGCACUAUAAGAAGAAGCAGAGAGACAUCAUGACACUGCAUGCUGCUGACGGCUCUAAAACAGUGGAUGAUCCUGAAGCACCUCCCACAUCUCCUGUUGAUGAGAAAGUCCAACCCCAACCAGAGCCACAAAGCAAGAUGGAUGUCACAGAGAAGAAGAGGCUGCUAGUGACGUGUAUUGAGGAGCGCCUGUUGGCCUUGGAGGAGCCCCGUGGUGCCCUGCAGGUGGAGGUGGAGGAGAACGGGUUGCGUGGCGAGGCCGUGGAGGCCCUGGUUCGGGAGCACUGUACAGCGGUGGAAGUGGAGCGCUAUUGCCUGUUUGUAGGAGACUUGGAGCGUGUGGUUAGCCUGCUGCUGUGUCUGUCCGCCCGGCUAGCCCGCGUGCUUAACGCCUUGAGUACCGUGGACCAGCACACCGACGCAGGGGAGAAAGAUUCUCUGGACAACCGUCACAGUCUACUUUGUAAGCAACGGGAGGACGCCAAAGACCUGAAGGACAACCUGGACAGACGGGAGCAGAUGGUGUCUAACUUCCUGUCUCGCUGUCUGACAGCCGAGCAGCUCCAGGACUACCGGCACUUCGUCCAGACCAAGGCCUCGCUCCUCAUCAGGAUGAAGGACCUAGAUGAGACGCAGCGUCUGGGGGAAGAGCAGCUGGAGUCCCUGCUCAACACCCUCCCUCCGUGAGGACCACCACUAGGUCCCCAUUCUACUCAUUUCCCCCAGCCAUCCAUCACCUCUCUGGGCUUAGAGUCCUGAACACCCUCUGCUUCCUCCAUCCUGGGUUGUUACCAGCCAGCACAAUCACAUGGGUGUCUGUAUGUAUAAGGAAUAUAUGUGUCUUAGAAGGGUUUUGAAGUUAGGACUACAAUGUGGAAUGUCCUGUACAUCACCUUGUAUCACUUUUCAUUUGAUGUCCUUUUCACCUCUGCCUGCAAUUUAAAAAAGAAAAGAAAAGAUAUACAUAAAAUAAGAUUUAGGAUUAUAUUCUGGCCUUGUGGUUUCUUUCAUCAUUCAUACUAGACUGUAUGUGUUUGUCAGAGCCUGAAAGAGGGUGAUAAAUGCUGUAUAUCUGUCAAAAUAGGCAGUAGAUUUAAUCUCCAUAUAUUUGUAGUUUUUUUUUAAUGAAUUUAAAAUGAAGGCACUAUAGAUAAAAACCAAAAAGGUGAAUGGAAAAAAGCACUUUGAUAUGUAACUGCACAUUUCUGUUUUCUUUUGAAAACACUUAUUUCAAACGCUAAGCCUUACUCCAGCCAAUGUUAUUUUUUUCAACUGAUUUGUAGAGGAAUUUUCCGCAUGAUGGGGUUGUAUAUGGUACAUAAGCACAUUCAACGAGGCCGAUUAUGUACAGUAUUACCAGUGCUAUUUAGGCUACAGUCAUGUAUUGUGGUCUCACAAAGUUCCACUAAAGAGGUAAAACUCUUUUUUUAUUUUAAUAAAAUGAUGCACUUCCAUUCCA